GGACCUCACACGCAAUCAGCCAGACGUCCCGGCUUCGCCUCUGGCAGUUCAGUCUGCCUGUGACCUCAGAGGACAACCUUUGCUACCCCCAACCCUACGUCCUACACAGUCACAAAGAGGUAAAGUGAGUGGCCCGUGUGGCCAGGCGGGUGCAGAGGACCCAAGGCGCGGACUUGGCGCGCCCUGUCCGGGGUUUAGCGAGCCUGGCUCCGCAGCACAAGGGGCCAUCGAGCGCACGAGCUCGGCGGCGCCCCUAGCUCAGGCUGGCGUCACUGCGCGCCGGCGGGGCUGUUGAUAGGACAGUACUAUGACUCUCCCUUGUGCCCCACUUGGGGGUCACCAGCCGGGAAGAGCUAAAGGGGACAGGGGCGCUCUUGUGCGGAAACGGGACGCCAAAAACGGCGAGUGGACGUUAAUUAUGGCCCUCAGCUCCGUUUCACUGGCUGGCGGGCUCUACCUCGCCUACCCUUCCUCCCGCACAGCGGGCCCCAUGCCCCCAAUUCCUUUUGGCCCUUACGAGUCCCCCGACGAGGAACGAGGCGCUCAGAAGACGCAGACGAACCCGAAUUCAGGUCCGAAGUCUCCAGAGCCCGAGUUGGCCCCCGAGCUCCCCCACCCGCGGACAUCCUGUAACUGGGGCGACGCGAGAACUGCGGGACCCUCAGCUCAGGGCUGGAGGGACGCCUCGGGGGACGAUUCGGGCAAACAUCCGAACCGUCGGCGCCGAGGCAGGUGCUGUGCUGAAGACUCAGCAGGAAGCGCUCCCCGAAGGCCUAGCGAUGUCGUCCGCUCUCCCCGCGACACUGGCCCACCCAAUACAGAGUUAGUGUCCACUGUGUGCCUGGCCCGUGAGCAGCCCUGUCCAGGGCCGGGCCCAGCUGUCACUGAACGCACCAUCUACUGGGCAGACCCCUUACACAAUGCUCACGAGUUCAGAGAGCGGCUUGGGCAUGAAGGAAAUAACUACGGUGCGCGCUGUGACGGGAGAGAAAGGCGGCCAGUCUAGCUAAAGAACCCACACGCGCAGUGAAGUGGGCGACGUGGCCCAGACCGGGGUCGGCCCGCUUGCUUGGCACUAGAAGGUUAAGCCUCUGGCCGGCGGGAAAGUAGUCCCGGCCAGGCGCCCGGCCCCGCCCCUGCACGGCGGAGGGACGCAUCACGCAGGGGUGGAGAAGCGGAUCCGUGCGCGGGGUUGGUAAGGGUGAAACUUUUCAUUGACUUUGCUCACUUCGGGCUGGGGCGCGGGAAGGUGUGGGUCCUCGUGUAAGAAAGGCGAGUGACAGGGGCGACAGAGGCCAGAAGGGCAGGACUGUCCUCCUCUCCGCGACACGAGUCACCCUCUGCUCCACCAUCCAUCCCCGCGCCGUCGCUGCCAGCCGGCCCGCCCUCCCUUCAUUCCCCUGCCACUGAUCCCAACCUCCAAAAAGCUGAAGGAAUUAUUAUUGGGCCAAUAAUACCCUCGUUCGUCCCCCGACCUUCAACAACGAACAGGACACAUUGGCUCCCAGCCCGGUGGCGCCCGGCAAGGAAGGGAGAGCAACUCCGCCCCACGCUCAGGACUACCCUGGAGGGAGAAGCCGCCCGGCCGCCGGCAGAGCGCCCGGUCACCGCGCAGACCCGAGCAAGAGAACAACCAAAUAUUUUACACUUACAUCGGCCUGUGACAUUUUGGAGACAUGACUUCACUGAGAUAUGGUGGAGACAGCAAGAGCCUUCUCUUUUUCCACUUGAAUUAGGGACUUGAUUUUUUUGGUGGCAUUCAUACAGUGACCUGAAUUUCUAAAAAUGGUGGGAUCCACAGUUCCCUGAUUUCUGUAAAAUCACUUUAAAAUAAUAGCUAACUUUGUCAAGUGCCUACUAAUUGCCGGAUGCAUGAGGGAGUUCACACCCUUAAACUACCUUCAUGAUAGCCUCAUGUUACAGAUGAGGAAACUCAGGCUAAGAAGAAAGUGACUUGACCACAGCCGUACAGUUAGGCUAGGCACUGGUGGAGUAGAAACAAACCUCUGGGUCCCGUGUGAUCCCAAGUCAGUGCUUUUCUCUGUAUCCUUUGAUGUUGGUCACCAACAGCUUUCUAUGUAUCUACUCACGGUGCCUCUCCCUUGUUUCCCAGAGCUGUCUGGAGCCUGAGGCUCCCCACCUUAUAUCUCUUGCCACUGCCCUUGGCCUGUGCACGUGCUCUGCGCUGAUUCUCUGCCUAGGAAAGGACCAUGCAGCUGGAGAUCAAAGUGGCCCUGAACUUCAUCAUCUCCUACUUGUACAACAAGCUGCCCCGGCGCCGGGCAGACCUGUUUGGGGAGGAGCUAGAGCGGCUUUUGAAAAAGAAAUAUGAAGGUCACUGGUACCCUGACAAGCCACUAAAGGGCUCUGGGUUCCGCUGUGUCCACAUUGGGGAGAUGGUGGACCCUGUAGUGGAGCUGGCUGCCAAGCGGAGUGGCCUGGCGGUGGAAGACGUGCGGGCCAAUGUACCUGAGGAGCUAAGUGUCUGGAUUGACCCUUUUGAGGUAUCCUACCAGAUUGGUGAGAAGGGGGCUGUAAAAGUGCUAUACUUGGAUGAUAGUGAGGGCUGUGGUGCCCCAGAGCUGGACAAAGAGAUCAAGAGCAGCUUCAACCCUGAUGCCCAGGUGUUUGUGCCCAUUGGCAGCCAGGACAGCUCCUUGUCAAACUCCCCAUCACCAUCCUUUGGCCAAUCGCCUAGCCCCACCUUUAUCCCCCGUUCUGCCCAGCCCAUCACCUUCACCACCGCCUCCUUUGCUGCCACCAAAUUUGGUUCCACCAAGAUGAAGAAGGGUGGUGGGGCAGCAGGUGGAGGGGGUGUGGCCAGCAGUGGAGCAAAUGGCCAACAGCCUCAGCAGCAGCCUCGUCUGGCUCGCUCACCCACCAGCAACCUACUGAAGCACAAGAGCCUCUCUUUGUCUAUGCAUUCACUGAACUUCAUCACAGCCAGUCCGGCCCCUCAGUCCCAGCUCUCACCCAAUGCCAAGGAGUUCGUGUACAAUGGUGGUGGCUCACCUAGCCUAUUCUUUGAUGGAGCAGAUGGCCAGGGCAGCAGCACCCCAGCCCCUUUUGGGGGCAGUGGGGCUGGCACCUGCAACAGCAGCAGCUUUGACAUGGCCCAGGUAUUUGGAGGUGGUGCCAACAGCCUCUUCCUGGAGAAGACACCUUUUGUGGAAGGCCUCAGCUACAACCUGAACACCAUGCAGUAUCCCAGCCAGCCUUUCCAGCCUGUUGUGCUGGCCAACUGACCAUCCCCACACCCAUGGGGCCAGGAGCACCCAAGAGCACAGAAAAGAGAAAAAGGAAAGGCCAAAAAAAAGAGGAAAAGAAAAAUAUAAAAAGAUUUCCAAUCUUCUCACUCUCACUUCUAGAAAAAGAUCCAGCUUGGGCGUGGAAUGGAAGGGGGCUCCCAAAGCACCGUAUCCUGUUUAACUCACCACCCCCGACUGUUUGCCUGCUGCCUCUGAUUUAUUUGGUUGGUUUGGGUUUUAUAUAUUUUUUUUUCUUACGUGUAGUUUUCUAUAUAACAUCUUUAAUUAGUGGCUUCCUGUACUAAGAAUGGUCCAGAUGUGAAUUGCUGCUCCCUGUUCCUCCCUCCCUCCUUCACACUCCUGAUUUAGGAUUUGUGUGUCCAAGCUCACAGGGAAGGAAGAACUGCAGCUGGAGCCUGGCCCUUCCUGGAAUGGGGAGAGUCUGGCCUAUGUCACUGCCUCUGUCACCCAGCUAUCCUCGCAUUCAAAGCCAUCCAACCUCAGCAGUCCUUCUCAGGUCCUGCCACCAGUAGGUCCGAACCCAGUCCCCACUCCCUUUCAGGCUGGGCCCCAGGGAGCUGCUGGCUGGCCACUCAACACCCUCCCCCUGGAGCUGAUGUCUGUGACUACAGGGAGGUUAGCACUUUGUCCAGUUGAAUUCCUUUCAUCUCUGUCCUGUGGCUCUAUGCUCUACUCCCCUCCCCUCCUGGACCAUCACCAUGGCCCUGGGGACCUGGCUAUUAAUAUGUGUAGCCUCUUUCUCUCAUGCAGCCUGUUCUUCCCUGAGCCUGAGGCUGUGGGUAAGGCCAGGGUGGAGGGGGUGUAUGUGGGAGCGGGCGUGUGCGCACUUGCUUGCAUGUAUGGUUUGCUGUCCUCUUUAAAGGUUUCCAAGCCAUGUGAAACUUUUCCUCUGGAUUUGAUUCUGGGCUACAGCAAGUGCUUAUUUAUAUGUGAGGCUGGGGAAUGGGUCACAAGUGGUCAUAGGUCCUUUGUAGGGCAGAACAGGUGGUGGGUGAUGCUGCAGCUGAGUCUAACACUACCAGGGGAAAGCACUGCAGAAGGAACUGGUUUCCACACUGCAAAAAGAUCAGCACUUUUGUUUUUUUUCGACAAAAAAAAAAGGGGGGUUCGCUCUGGAAGGCAGAGGGAAUACCCAAGCCUCUAUGCCUAAGAAAAGUCCCUGGACUCACACCUUCCUGUUGUGUGACCUUCGCCCUGGAGUGGGGGAACUGCUCACCCAAGUACUCUUGGAGGCUGCAGGGAGGUAGGUGGGAAUUUGGAGAUAGUGCCUAUAGUGGGCAGUCCUGAGCCUCUGGUGUUUGGGUUGUAGAUGUUAUUUUAGUACCCAUGAGCCCCUGCCUGAUUGAGAGCUUCUUGGUACCUCUUGCCAUCCCCUCUCGCUACCCUGGCCCAAUCUACUGGACCUUGAUGCUGUGAAGAGUUGUGUUCUAGGCAGGCCAGGCUGGACUGCCACUUGGCAAGCCCAGCUGACAUCUGGACAUAAAAGAGCACUGCUCCUCUGCUUCUGCUUGCAGAGAGGUGGCUUCUCUAGCCCUGGGAGGCAGCUUCCAUGCCAUGAUGCUUUGGCAAGUAGGGCACUUGGCAUCAUCAGGGUCCCAUCACCAGAAAGCACCAAAGCCCCUGGCACUUCACCCACUGCAUCCUCCCCAGGGACCCCAAGUGAGCAACUGCUGUGGCAGUGGAUCCGGCCCAGAUAGACACUGCCAGCUUCCUCUCCCUGCAGUGGGCAUCAGCUCUACCUCCCCCAGCGGGCAGUGCCCUGGCUUCUUGGCCUAGCAUCUAUCCCUCUAGACUUCUCAGGGGCCAGCCCAAUCUGGGCCACCCUCUUCCUCAUCCUCAGCUCCCACAUAGGUGACAGGCCCAGGCAGAUGGCUUCUCGCUGGGAAAGGUUGGAUGCCGCCUUACCCCUUCUAGGCCUUCGUCCCACUGACACAGGUACCCACCCACACCCAGGUCACUUGUUCUCACAACACAUAGGGAAGGGGGGAGACCAACCCCUUUGUGUCUUUUGAAAUACGAAGAAAAAUGUGUGUUCAGGAGCAUGACUCCAGUACUGGGCUCAUGGGCCCAGAUCAGUCUGUCUUGUCUCAGAUCUAAGCAUUUUUGCUUCAAUUUUAUUUUUUUUAAGAAAACAAAAACAAAUCUGCACUAACUUAACCUGUUUUCGUAGGAAAACCUUUUUUUUUUAUUUUUUACAUUUUUUUGGUGUCCGUUUGUAUUAAAUAAUUUGCUACAUUUGUAAAAUGUAAGAGGUAUAUAUAAUAUAUGUAUAUUUCUAACGUAAAAAUUGUAAUUUUCUUUUCAGGAUUUUUUCUUAAAAAAAUGAAAGAAACGUAUUUUUUCAGGAAAAACAAACUUUAAAAUAAAAAAAAAGGAGAAUAAAACCUUUCUCCCCUUGCCCCAUCCUCUCUCUCUAUCCCUCUUUCCCAAGAACAAAUCAAAAGGUGGAUUAUUUGUAAAGAAUGUAAACCGUAGGCCCAGAUGAUGGCCUUUUCUCAAGGCAGUGAGCUACAGACUAUUCUCUCCCUAGGGACGGGAAGGGGGCCUCGAGGCAAACAGGGAGAGGAGCCGGGAGAGCAGGGUGGUGAACUUUUUCUUUAGUGAAGGAGGGAUACAUCAAGCAUUUUGUAUUCAGAAUGUUGUGCAAUAUUUUGGAAUGGGACAUUAGUGUGUCUAGAGAUUUUAGUUUAAAAACAAAACAAAAAGAUUGAUCAAAUCUGUACAGUUUAUAUUGUUCCAGAUUUUUUUAAGUUUGUAUUAAAAGCAUGAUAUAUAAUA